CAAUGUAACUGCUCGUUGACGCAAGACUCUUUCAAGUCAUCCCUUCCUUCCCCUCCCCUCACCCAAACGCCAGCCCCACUUCACCACACCGCACCUUCCCCGAUAUAUAUAUACUCCAACUUCUUCCCCACAAACACCAAAAUUAUUAUACACACCCAUAGUCUCCCUAUCUCUCUCUCUCUCUCUCUCUCUCUCUCUCUCUCUCUCUGAAUUACCAUGCAGGAGGGUCUUCCUUACAAGACAUGGACCGGGCGCUCACCGCCGAUAAGCUCCCCCGGUUCGACAACGGCCGGGGGCGUCCUAAAGGGAGGAAGGAGAAGCGUAAAGAGCAUGGUCUCAGAGAACGCGGUUAUAGUGUUCAGUAAACACGGGUGCUGCAUGAGCCAUGUGGUCAGACGUUUGCUUCUGGGUCUAGGCGUGAACCCGGCGGUCUACGAGGUCGAGGAAGACGACGAAGUCAGCGUUUCUGAUGAGCUGGAGAUGGUCGGUGCCGCCGACGGCAAAGGUGCUCGGUUGCAGCUCCCGGUGGUCUUCGUCGGGGGAAAGUUGUUCGGAGGAUUGGAUCGCGUUAUGGCCACUCACAUAUCCGGAGAAUUGGUUCCUAUAUUGAAACAAGCUGGAGCCUUAUGGCUUUGAUUGCCAUAUGUAUCUAUGGAAUUUUGUCAUUAUAAAUAUACCACCUCAAAAUUUUUUUUUUCCCAUUUUUUGCUUUUUUUUUUUUUUUUUUUUUUUUUGGGUUUUUGAUUUUGUAAAAUUCCUGUUGAGGAUCGAGGGAAAUGCAGGAUUUCAAAUUUAAGUUUUU